GUUGUAGACCUCGUAAGUCGAAGAUAUGCUUCCUACCGUCUUAUCGACAGUUCCGAAAUGUUUGUUAUUUUUCAUAGCAGUCAUACUAUCACAGUAUAAAAUUGAGUGUAAAUCGUCAUUAUUGGAUGUAACAGAUCCAGAAACUUGGAAGAAGUUGGCAGAUGAAAGAUUUAAUAAAUUUGAACAAUCAUUAACUUAUUUAUUACUUAAACGACCAAAAAAUAUCAUCUUAUUUAUUGGUGAUGGUAUGAGCUUGAACACUGUUACUGGAGCAAGAUAUUUGAAAGCGGAGAAGAUGGAUGUUUUAGGUGGUGAUGUACAGCUAGAAUGGGAAAACUGGCCUGUUGCAUCACUUGUCCGUACAUUCAACUCAGACAGACUGACAACAGAGUCAGGUUCUGCGGCAACUGCUUUUAUGUCAGGUGUGAAAGGGCCUUAUGAUACUGUUGGUAUCACGGGAACAGUGAAGUGCUGUGAAUGUACUGAGUUGAAAGAAGAGGAAAGAGCGAAAUCUUCUCUCAUGUAUGCCUCUAAAGCAGGAUUUUCCACUGGAAUAGUUACAACUACGAGGGUUACUCAUGCAACAACCGCAGCAGCAUAUGCCAAUAUGUUGCAUCGAGAUUGGGAGUCGGUAGGACCAUCAAGCAAGCGCGGAUUCCACUGCGUAGACGCUGCUGCACAACUAUUGACAAAUGCUUCUCACGUCAACGUCAUAAUGGGAGGAGGGGCAGCCGAAUUCUAUGGUCCGUCAGACAAUACCACUUUCAACAUGAAAGGUAAACGCUCUGAUUCACGCAACCUCCUACAAGAAUGGAAGGAUAUGCAGACCGAAAUGAAUCGCAAGCAUGUUCUCUUACAUACAAACGAUGAGUUUAAACGAACCGACUGGUCUUCGGUUGACUAUGUUUUGGGUUUGUUUGCUCCGAGUCAUUUGGCUUAUCAACUGGAAAACCAAGACCAACCAAGUUUAGCAGAAAUGACAGAAGCUGCUAUCAAAGUACUUUCUCGUAAUCCAAAAGGAUUUCUUUUGUUAGUGGAAGGAGGUAGGAUUGAUCAUGGGAAUCACGAAAAUCGAGCCCAAUAUGCAUUAACUGAAACUUUGGAGCUCGAAAAAGCUGUCGAGAAAGCAUUGUCACUUGUUGAUCAACAGGAAACACUACUGCUAGUAACAGCUGACCAUUCACAUGCAUAUGGAGUGGUCGGCUAUCCGACAAGGGACACAAGUGUGCUAGAUGUGGAUAAUACUGCAAAAGGAGAUGAUAAUAAAUCAUAUCUCAUAUCUUCUUAUUUCAAUGGACCAAGAGGUAUAUUGGAUGCACCUCGAUCGGAUCCGGCAACAGAAGAUAGAUUUGCAAGCAACUAUACCGCAGAAUCAUUAGUGAGACUCAGUUUUUCUACACACAGUGCUGAGGAUGUACCGAUUUAUGCUAAUGGACCUUACAGUGAACUAUUUCAUUCUUCAUUGGAUAACACAUUUAUUGCACAUGCAACCAUGUACUCGCUUUGUAUCGGACCAUACACGAAUCAGUCACAUUGUAACGAAGGAAACAAUGGAUCUCAACUCAGAGGACUUCAUCUGAAUAACUUUUAUUAUAUACUAUUUCUCAGUGUUAUUUUGUACACUUUCAUACAUUAGUGCAUAUUUUGUGGUAUUUUGUUCAAAUGAUUAAUUUCAUGUGUUUCAUGUAAGCAUAUUUGUUAUUUGUAAUAUUUAUCAGGUUAGAUUAGAUAAGAAUUCAUUAAAUGAUUUAUGGAUAUACAAACAUGUAUUUUGUGAAUGAGUUUGUCAUUCAUAUGCAGUUCAUAUUCUGUUUAUCUGUUUUUGAUAUUCAUAUUUAUAUAAGAAUCUGUCAAAGCGAAAAUCGAAAUUGUAAUCAUCACUUAAAUUACAGUGUCAGACCUUCAGAAUCAAUACAGACAUUCAUUGUAGUAUCGUUGAUAUACUAGAAUUUCGACUCCUUCCCACACGUUCUAAGACAGUUCGUUAAACAAUCACCAAACACCACUUUCAUGAAUUAAUUCGGGACUUGGAUAACGUCAAAACUAUCUGUAGUAAUGUAUUUGGUAAAGAUUAUUUUAUUAAUGGAGUGGUGAAUAACAUGUUGGCUCAUACUGGUUGACAAUCGAGAAAAAUGCAAAAUACUCUAUUUCUGGUUGCAAGUAUUAUGAGUAUUGCAUUGUAUUUCAACUAGACAGCUACCACGAGGCCUAAUUUAUGAGCAUAAUUGUUUCACAGUCAUACAUAAAAUAAGAUUGGAGUAUGGACUGACUUGAGCAACUUUGUAAAUUGUCAAUAAACUUCAAGGUUUAAUCUGACUCGUAUAGAAGAUACUUAUGCACAAAUCCAACAGGUACAGAUUAAGUGAAAUUAUACAAUAAUUUCAUUUCUUGGGUAAGUUCAUUCGGUGUUGUGAUCCUUCAAAAGCUUGGUUCAUUGUGAUGAUUGCUUCAGAUGGAAGUAGGUGUUUCAGAACUAGUUCACAAAAACAGUAUCUACCAAUUCGUUAUAGUCAGAAUGAAAGUGGUUCUUUUCAAAUGUUCUGUUUUCCCUAUGUGUCCUUGCAAUGAAUGUUGUACUAGUUCGAUCUUUAAACACAUGACUGGUUGACUUGGUCCUCAUUAGUUGAUUGAUUAAAUCCCUAACGUCCAAAGGACUUUUUAAAUCUGAAUUUUUGAUACUAUUCAUCUUCAUAGAUGUCAAUGUGCAAUGAAGAAAGUUGUUGUAUGCAGUAUUGUUCAACCGUUACCAUAUUAUGACAUCCGUAACACUUUAUGGAAAGUGAAAUCUCACUUUAAUCGACUUUGUUUAUGAACUAUUUCGCAGUUAAGUUUUCGGGACUAGAAUAUGUUCUUCAAUCCGUUCAUGAAAUACUAUUACUACCACUGUUUGUACAUUACACUGUGUUAAGUAUGUUUUACAUUGUUCCUGCUCGUUCCUUUCCUACUCUUUUGCAUGUUGGUUUAUACUACUUAUUUACAUUCAGUAGGCAGCUGUAUGCCAAACAAUUUUCACACUUAUGUUGUAACUUAAGUUGUACUGUAACAUUCUGGAAUGUUCACCUAUAUUUUUAACGUUUAUUUUACUUAUGAUUGUAUUUAUCAUUGUAAUCACUGUGAUUUAAUUACUGUAACGAUUACCCACAGUUUUGUGCAUUUGUUUGAAUGCAACAGUUUCCAUAUUGUUUGCUCUUGGUUCGAGUUUCGGUUGUUCAUAAACUGUUACCAAAUUUAGACACGGCUAUCGGCUGUCUUUGGACUAUCGUAUGUUGUAAUCUUUCUUUAUGUUACUCUUACAGGAAGCCUUUGCUAUUUUCAUUCUUGAACGACGCGUUUAAACGCCUAGACACCUCACAAGUUGAGGUUUGUAACUAAAUUUUGUGUAUUAUUUAAUAAAGAACCGCCUUUGUAGAC